CAUGAUGGUGAAUUCAACAGAAGCAUGAAAUGAUGGCUUGUUCUCUCCAUGCGUCGUUGUCCUCUUCUGCAACACCGGACCGCAUCAAAUUUCUCUACUGACGAACGACGACCAUGAUGAAGUCUGGGGGAGUGUUGGUACCUCCACCGACAAGGGCUUGUCCAUCGGGCGGAAGUCGACCAUCGACUAUGAAAAGGGUCGUGGUCAUCUCAUACUGCUCCCCUCAUAAUCUAAAUCCUCGUCUCAACAUUACCGCAAAUGCCGUCAUCCUCCAGCAGACGCGAUCCCUCUUCAGCGCAGUGCACUCACAGGAGUUUUUGUGUCGGAAAGUGAUCCACAUGAAAAAAGAAGACGAGCAUGGUAUCAAAACGGAACAAGACCGCCAUCGCGAACAGUACUUGCGCUUCAGAAGGCAGAGGCGGCAGAAAUGGGGUGUUGGCUUGAAUCCGUUGCAUGGGUUGGAACGGUAUGGGUUUACAGAUCCGGGAAGUUUGAAUUUUAUGGUAGGUGUGCUGGAUCUGGUUCUAUAUCUACUUCUAAGUAGUACUGUGCGUGGUGCAUCACUUUCUUGUCAAAGUUUGUCUGUGCAGGUACGUAUAUAGUCCUCUUAGUGAAACAAAUAGUAGUAUCUUACAGCGUACAUAGUCUACUUAGUGAAAAAAAUAGUAGUAUAUCCAUAAUUUUUGCAAUUUCUCAAACUUCCUCCUUUCUCAAGUAGUUCCCCAUCUCAAACAGAAAGGUUACAACCAUAUUUUCCUUUCAUUUCCUUCCCUGAACUUCUCGACGCCGCACACCGAGCCUCAGAGUUGAGAGUUAAGAAUCCAAUAUUCUGGGGCCAAGUCGUUACACGGGGCACGCGCUUGCGGGAUCUCUGCUCUGUCCACGAAUUGAUCGAGUUUUUACACGUGCUGCGUGUGGCGAGGCCUUUGGAUCGCGAUCGCGUCCUCUUGCUGUUGAAAAAAUGCGUCAGGGAGAUGAGACAGUUAUGAUCAUAUCCAUAAUUAGAGUACACAGUUAUGAUCAUAUCCAUAAUAUUAGAGUUGAAUGGUUAAUCAACAUAGAUGAGACAGAGUUGAUCAACAAUGGUUAAUUAAAAGUUGGAUAAUAGGAAGUUAUCUAUGAAAUGGCGGGGAUGCCAGGAGCAGGUCUUCUAGUUCUGCAUGGUUGGACUUGAUGCUAAGGAAAAGACGCCAGAAGACGAUGAUUACAUGCACAUCAGGAAGAAGCACUUCGGAGAAUGCCACGCACUGUGCGUGAGCUUGUCGUAACAUCUUCCACCUACAACCUACUCUAAUCCCCGACGCCCCACGAAUCACAGAUAGCCGGGAUUUGGCUUUAGCGAUGGACACUUACGCACACUUCAAAUUCAGGAGUGAUGCGAUGUGUGACGCGAUAUCUUUGAGGUCGUUGGAAAUGCUGGCAGACGUGCUCAUAUAUUGGAAACAAGUAGGAAAACUUGGAGAUGGUUGGAGACCUAAGGAGCACGUUGAAAAGGUCAUAGACGAGACGUCCUCUACGAUUGUGAAUUCUGAAGAAGACGGUGGACAGGUGGAAAAUCAACGAAAAAGUACCAUAGCCAGAAGACGCACUGCGCGCAAAGAAAAGAUCAAGAAGUUAAAAGCAGAAGCAGAAGCAGCUGCAGCUACCUCGCCCGAUGGAAAGGUAGGAUCGAGUGGAAAAGAGACUCCUGCAGGUACUGACGUAGGCGUUGUAAAAGAGGAUCUCGGCGCACACCAGGACGUCGUCAAGCCAAGCUUUUUCCCUCUUGACGACAUUGCAAGCGUCGUGGGAAGCUUUUCGAAACUGGGGUAUGCUCUCAACGACGAGUUGCGCAUGGUAGUACAGAGGUAUGUGUCUGUCUAUCUGGACAUAUUGGCUGAAGAAAGGUCCGCUAGGGAGCUAGAGGAUGCUUGUUCUCGUACGGAGAAGAACGGCGCAUCUACUGGUGCUUGGAGCGCCGUGAAAGAGAAAAUCACGAAGGUUUGUCCUACGUCGCUGAGCAGUCUUGUGUUGAGCAAAGAAAAGUCCUCUCCGCAAGCAACUGACGAGAUAGAAGGUGGCGAUGAACCAAAAGCCGUGCAGGAGAGAGAAGAUGCAUCAAGAACCUCCACGCUUUCGCUUUGCUCUCUCAGUGCGCUCAAGAACCUCCUUGAGGCAGGGAUCGAAAUCGAAAGCAGACAUAUUGUGCCCUUGUUGGAGGAUUUUCUCCAGCCUGUGAAAGCUGAGGCUAGCAAGACAGGAUCUUCUCAAGAUCAACUGGAGAGUUGGUGCCAUGUUGCCAAACACCUUCUUACUUCUGGAAAAAACAGAGGUGAGCAAGAGCAACAAGCUGAGAUUUCCUCUUUACUUUUCCGUGGUGUCCAAACAGCUCUACAGGCAGACGAACCGCCACUGGGCCCUUUCAGUACGCGGUUAGAACUCGGAGAACGAGGACAAGGAUAUGAACAUCAAGGACCACGGGGAGAUCAACAAGAGGCUACUUUUGCUCCUUUCGCUGCAUGUACCAAACAACAACUGUCGAAGUCCUCUACGUCUACAAGUGUAAGUUGCGAGAUUGGCGCAAGAAGGAAGCAGUUAUUUUCGAAGUUGGGAGGUAGAGGAGGUGGUCAAACUGAGAGUGCAUCAAAUUCCUCCUGGUCUUCAGCAUCUUCAUCUACUGGACAAAAUUCAUCUGGUAUUAAUGAAUCAACUACGAGCACCAGCAGCCCUGCUGGUGCUGACCAAGAAGGAGAUGACCAAAACACUUCUAUAGGCGCUUCUUCCGACAGCAACCUCACUGGACUCGCCUUUCUGGAAGAAGCAGACCUGAUAUUACAGAAGACGCCAAAAUGUGCCGCGACGCUCUUAGAACUGAUGCAAUUGGCCUCUCCAGACCUGGAUGCAUCCGCGUUUUAUCAGUCUGAGCGUCUCAGAACUGUAUUGUGGAGAAAUUUCGUCCGACAGGCCCAUCCGGAUAAACAUGGUAGCUCUGAAUUCAGUACGGAUGUUUUUCAACGUGCAAGUGCCUUUUGGGAGUCAAUGUCGAAGAACACGGCUGCAGUUUCUGGCGCGGAGAAUGAAGAAGAUGAAAGCCAUAGUACAACUAGGUCCUCCAUAUGGACGCCAGACACCAGACCUGUGUCUGAAAAUGGAGACGAUUAUCAAGACAGAGAUAGAGAAGAUGAUGGCGAUGAUACCUUUUCCGGCUCUGGAGGACUUCCAAAAACCGUAGUGAGAAAUAGUGAGCUAAUAGACAAUCCGGGAGAGGUGGAUUAUCGAAGAAAAGUGAUCAAAAACUUAGCUGUGUUUCUUAGAGCUGUGGUGGUCGUGGAUCACUUGGCAGCAGAGAAUGAUGGUGGGGAUUCUCUACUAGCCGAACAUCACGAAAACCUACGAGCCUUCCUAGAACAAACUACGGCCUCUCACCUACUCCCAUGCUUCCGGGAGAUUAUGGGUGACGAAAUUUUCCCCGUGAUAAAGGGUUACGAAGCGGCUGGAUUGUCGAUUUUUCUCGACGAUAUCGAUAGUGGUGUUGAUUCAGUGUCUUUGUCUGGUGUACGUUCAGCCCUACUACGAGAAGCGGUGCGAAAGUUUCCUUUGCUCGGGAAGAACGAUAUUUUAGAAAUUGAACGGAGGAUUUUGCAGCUUCCCAGGACGGAAACAAGAACUGCAAGAACAACGCAUACAACUACUGCUAGAGUAGACUCGUCAUCUUACGAGGCUCACUUUCUAGCAUUAAAGAGCCGUUUUGUUGAUAAGAUUUCGUCGGCAGGAUAUCGUUUGGCCUUGGAAAAGGAUGGUCAGGAUGGGGGUGGAAAGAUUCGGUGCGGAAGGUGAUAAGAAACGAACAAAAAUAUAACGAUUUCUACUUCUCUCGUUUUGGGACAAAUAUUUACAAUUGAUACUCGACAUGUUUUUUCAUGUACACGGAACCGCGAGACACGCUGUACUAUAUGAUUUGUUGACUCUCUUUUUCUAGUACUUUAGUGCUCAGUAGAUGAGAUUGAGAUAAGGCUUGGUUGAGAAGAAUCAUCUGAGAUGCACACAUGACAUAGUACUUCGCCUUCGUAUGUGACUAGAAAUUUGUGUUGGUAAUGGUUGAAAGAGAACGCUGUCGCCAGUGGUAGAAGAUGACCAUCAGAAACGUGUGAAGAUGGACACCAAAAUAGGAGCUCUGAACAGCGUAGGAACUGUAAUAUACUUGUUUUGAUGGAUAUUCCAAAGGCGCUUAGGGUUAUGGUAAAGAUGAAGAUGU